AAUAAAGCAGACAAGUCAAUAUUCAAGAUGAGACAAUGGAUAUUAUUCUGUUCUUCCAUUAGAGGUUAAAAAAUAGAACUUUGAUUUGGCAUUUUAAAAUAAAGAAAGAAAAAGCUGAAAAAAAUAUAUGUUCAGUACAAUACACGGCAACAAGGUCAAUCUUCUUCCCCCAUUUCAUCUUCUUCUUCUCUCACGACAUUUCUCAUUGGAAUUGCAGAAAUUCCAAAGCUUGAAUUGAACCCACAUCCAAAAACCCAUUAAUUUCCUUAAUUUUGUUGUCUGUUCUAUCUACUAUUCUCUCUUUUGAACUUUUCUCUGGUUUCUUGUAAGGAAGCUUCCUUUUUUAUACAUAGCCAUAAAACGAUUGAAAAUCCUUGGGUUGGACUAAGAAACAACCCUUUCUUCUUUCUAUAUUUGAAUAGUUCUUUUACAGAUUCAGAGAGAUGGGCAAACAUGGUCCUUGCAAUCACUGUGGUGUCACAAGCACUCCAUUGUGGCGUAAUGGGCCACCUGAAAAACCCGUGUUGUGCAAUGCGUGUGGAUCGCGAUGGAGAACGAAGGGAACGUUGUCAAACUAUACUCCUCUUCAUUCUCGAGCAGAUGUUGCUGAUGAAUUUGAUGAUCGUGGUUUUUCAAAUGUAAAAACCAUGUCCAUUAAGAAAAAAGAAGCAAAAAGAAGGCUAAACCAUAGCGAAAAUUUGAAUAUUGGGAAAUUUGUCAUCAAAUUGAAACACGUUCAUCUUCCUAUGAAGAGUCAAGACGAAGGAGAUUCCGGUUCUGCCAUAUCCUCGACUGAUUUAACAUGUCCAACACAAUGGGAAACGAAUAACACAACUGCCCCUUCGAGGAAAAGGACUUGCUUUAGUCGUCCAAAGUCAUCUUCAAUCGAGAAACUUACUAAGGAUCUCUAUACAAUCUUAAAUGAACAAAGACAAUCCUCACACUUAUUUGGUUCAUUAGAAGAAGAUUUGAUUUUCGAGAAGGAUUUCUUACCUAUAGGACAUGGAAGUGUUCUCAUUCGCCAUCCGAGUUCUAUUAGGGAGGAGGAAUCCGAGACAAGCUCCCUUUCGAUUGAGAAUAAUCCAAAGAAGGGUUCAAAGGAAGGCAUGUUAACGAAGAAGGAUGUGGAGGAAAAUGAUCGCGAGUCUUGUUGCUUUAGCCCAAGAAUGAUGUUCAAUUCGUCUUCACCCGAAGACAACUUACUAAUGUUUGAUUCUUCCUCACAAUUUGUACAUGAUCAGAACUCUGAUUAUGGUUUGUUGUUGGAUCUUCCAUCCAACAACUCUUUUCCAGAGGCAGAGCUACUUAUAUCGUUUUCCAAGCAGUAUUCACAGCUGAAGUGGAUAUUCUUGAGCUAUCUUAUCAGAAUGCAUACUAGUCCAAGUACACGAGUCAUAAGGCUGCCCAAGUACAAACGUCGAAGUGUUUCAGCUAAUCGUCAUUUUCCUCCUGGGUGUGGCCGUAUUAUUGGCCCAAGUACAAACGUCGUAGUGUUACAGGAAACCUUACCAACUGAGAAAACAGCAGAAAAUGAAACAGGAGCUUGUGCUAAGGAAGGGAAAUCAUCUUCUAAAGAGAUUUCAGUAAAUUGUCAUCUGGAGAAUGGCUUUGAAGCUAUUCCAUUGGCGGUAGAUAUUUUAGAUUCCUUGGUGGAAAAUGGUGGGAAACCAUCUUCUAAGAAAACUUCUGCAAAUUGUCGCAAAGCUAGUGACAGUGUAGUCAAAGCUAUUCCAUUGGCGGUAGAUAUUUUAGAUUCCUUGGUGGAAAAUGGCGGGAAAUCAUCUUCUAAGAAAACUUCAGCAAAUUGUCACAAAGCUAGUGACAGUAUAGUCGAGACUAUUCCCAGGACAGAAAAUGGUCCAUUUGAGAUAGACAUUUUAGAUUCCUUGGUGGAAAAGGUUGUAGCUUCGUCUGGCAUACUUACUGAAGUCAAUGUAACGCCAAAGGGACAGAGCGAAGAAGAAAUUCCCCAAAGAAAUGUGCAGGAAAUUGGAUCUGUAGUAAAUGAGGUGGUUCAGUCUCUUGAUUUAGAAGCUUACAUUCCUAAGAUCAAGUAUAAGAGAAGAACUGUGUCAGCUAAGCGCACAUUCCCCCCAUUCUGUGGGAGAAAUGCCCCAUGUCCAACCAACAAGGACUCGAAGAAAGCAGAGGUUAGCAAUGCUGAUGUAAAGGAGACGACCGAAUUGAAAGUAGGAGUAAAGAGAAGUUUUGAAGAAUUGAAUGUUGAGGUUAAAGAUGAAAAUGCAGAACCUGAGGAUAGUUCAGUGAAGGAGACAAUGAAAUCUGCUAGUAAUGUUUCAAAACUGAAAACCUUAGCUAAGAAAACCGUUGUACAAGAUGUAACAACGAAAGAAUCAAGUGUUGACCUGUCAAAAUCGACAGUUCCAACGAGUCCUGCCAAAGAAAGGGAUUCUGACCUGUCAAAAGUUAACCUUGGUAAGCGGAAGUCAGAGGAAGAGCUGCCUAGGCUGAAGUUGAAAUAUAACAUAAUACCCGAAAAGAAUAACGAUCAAGGUGAAGGUGUCCCAAAAGUUGGGACAUGGAAGGGGGAGAAUGCAGUGUCUAAGAAAUCCAAAGAUAGCAUUAGAACCACGUCUAUUAUUAACGAUACUACUGAAUAUCAUAAUGAGGAUUCGGAUAAGGUGAUUGUUCAUGGCCUCAUGGCCGCUCCAAAAUGCCCAUGGAUGAAAUCGACCCUAGCUAAGUCUAUACAAACAAGUCAUGGUGCUGGCAGCUCUGCUCGAAAAUCAAAAGAAAAGAAACCAACUUCUGAAAAAGAUGCAAAUCAGCUCAUAGGUGAAUUGGUGACAUUAAAUGUUUCCAAUCAAGGUGCUGUCAGUUCUGCUCGAAAAUCAAAAGAAAAGAAACUUACUUCUGAAAAAGAUGCAAAUCAGCUCGUAGGUGAAUUGGUGACAUUAAAUGUUUCCAAUCAAGGCGAUGCACGUAUCAAAGUGAGAGAAACUCUUCGCUUUUUCCAAGCUACCUGUCGAAAACUCUUGCAAGAGGAAGAAGCAAAGCCAGAGAAGAGGAACACGAAAAGGGUUGAUCUUCUAGCUACGGAGAUCGUCAAAGAGAAAAAAAUGGAAGCCAACAAAGACUUUCACGACGUAGGAUCGGUGCCCGGAGUCGAAAUAGGCGACGAAUUCCAAUACCGAGUUGAACUCGCACUUGUAGGCAUUCAUCGGAUCUAUCAAGGUGGUAUCGAGUACAUCACAAAAGGCGGAAAAAAGAUCGCGACAAGUAUUGUAGCGUCAGGUGGUUAUGCUGACUGUUUAGACAAUCCCGAUGUUCUGAUAUACUCCGGUCAGGGAGGAUUGGCAACAGGUAAGAAAAAGGAACAUGAAGAUCAGAAAUUGGAACGAGGAAAUCUUGCCCUAUUUAAUAGUAUUUCCGAAAAGAACGAAGUUCGUGUGAUCCACGGAACAAAGACGUUGAAUUCGGACUCGAAAACGAAGCUGACAACUACAUACACUUACGAUGGCUUGUAUCAAGUCGAAAAAUAUUGGCAAGAGGUCGGGCCUCACGGUAAACUCGUAUUCAAGUUCGAACUGAAGAGAAUUCCGGGGCAACCGCUCGUCGCUUGGAAAGAAGUGAAGCAAAUAAAAAAAUUUAAAGUACGAGAAGGUUUACUUAGCGGCGAUAUAUCGCUAGGUAAAGAACCGUUUCCAAUUUGCGCAGUGAAUACAGUCGAUAACGAGAAUCCUCCCUCAUUCGAAUACAUAACCGAGAUGCGUUAUCCUAAGUCGUACAAUCCUGCCCCUCAAAAUGGCUGCAAUUGUAUAGAUGGAUGUGUUGAUUCUGCGAAAUGCUCGUGCGUGGUGAAGAACGGGGGAGAGAUACCGUACAACUAUAACGGAGCGAUCGUCGAAACAAAAGAUCUCGUUUACGAAUGCGGCCCUUCUUGCAAGUGUCCUUUGUCUUGCCCUAACAGAGUGAGUCAGUUUGGAUUGAAGAUACAGCUUGAAAUAUUCAAAACUCCAACCAGGGGCUGGGGGGUUAGGUCGCUAAGUUCCAUCUCUUCCGGAAGCUUCAUUUGCCAGUAUAUAGGCGAGCUUUUGGAAGAUAAAGAAGCAGAGAAGAGACAUAACGACGAGUAUUUGUUUGAUAUUGGACAUAACUAUACUUAUUGCUUCCAAAUGGAUGAAAUGGACAAUAAUAUGAAGCUUCCUGAUGUUUCUGAAGUUAAGGAAGACGGCGGUUACACAAUUGACGCUGCGGAGUUUGGAAAUGUUGGAAGGUUCAUUAACCACAGCUGUUCUCCCAAUCUAUACGCUCAAAAUGUCCUGUAUGACCACGAGGACAAGAGAAUGCCUCAUAUAAUGCUUUUUGCUGCGGAGAAUAUUCCUCCUUUGAAGGAGCUGACUUAUCAUUAUAACUAUGCGGUGGAUAGUGUGUAUGAUUCCAGUGGCAAUCUUAAAAAGAAAAACUGCUAUUGUGGUUCUGUAGAGUGCACUGGUAGGAUGUAUUGAGCUGCUUGGUGAAGUCUUGGAGGCCGCCUGAUGAAUCCAUUUUGUGGAAGAACCAGAAGAUAAUAAAAAUGGAGAAGGGUUUUCUUCUGCAGGCUCAUUAAUGGAUUCUGCUUGCCAGCGACGUCAAAUGUCAACGAGACUGUAACAGAAUGAAAGCUUUGAAGGUUCUGUUGAUUGCUGUUGUCAAAAUUUUUGAAGAAAGGAGCAUUGGCAGCAGCCAUCUUUAACUCUAAAGAUAAGCUCUUUUUUUUGCUUUGAAUGAAAACUGUUAUUGUGAAAGGCUAGAUUAGAUGUCUGUUCUCUUCAUGUCGACCUCACAAAUCACAAUACUAUGCUUCUUGGUCUUGCAUAAAACUCCGCAUCAAAUUUAAUGUUAGGUCAAGAACCUCCUGCAACUUAUAUUACCUGUUUUUCAUAAUUCCCUUUUCAUUACAAUUUUUCCA